AGUCCCUUUUAAUUGAUUUCCUAUAUCAUCAUCAAUUAAAUACACGUUGUAGGAAGAAGAAUUGCAGGUUAAAUCGAAUAGGUUCAUAAAAUUUUAGAUACCAUUUCUAAACUUACAAGAUAGUAUGGCAACCUUAAUUCUGUAUUCCUCUUUCAUUCCAAGAAAUGAUGAAAUUAGGAAUAGGAUGAACUCAACCAAGUUUCAUCAUCAUCGUCACCCUAUAAUCAUCACUGCAAAAUCUUCUUCUACCAUUUUUCACCAUCUCACAAAGAAGCUACCAAUUUACCAAAUUCCACAAUUGCCAUUAACAAGCAUCUUCAAAUCAUUAGAUGAUUUCAUCUGCAAUGUCGUCGACUUACCCCUUCCCCCCUUUCUCGACCCUAAACACGUGCUUUCCGGCAACUUUGCUCCGGUGGGGGAGCUUCCCCCCACCACCUGCAACGCGGUGGAGGGCUCCCUCCCCAGCUGUCUCGACGGCGGAGCUUACAUCCGCAACGGCCCGAACCCUCAGUUCAUCCCAAAGGGGCCUUAUCAUGUAUUUGAGGGUGACGGGAUGCUUCACAUGAUCAAAUUCUCUCAUGGCAAACCUACAUUUUGCUGCCGUUAUGUCAACACGCACAAAUACGCAGUUGAACGUGAAAUUGGUUACGCUUUCGUUCCAAGCAUUUUCUCCUCCUUCAAUGGCGGCCUCUUAGCUUCCAUCUCCCGUUUUCUGCUUACUUCGGCUCGGAUUCUGGCCGGUCAAUUUGAUCCGAUCAAUCACGGUCUUGGCCCAGCCAACACGAGUUUAGCCCUAAUUUCCGGCCGCCUCUACGCCCUCUGCGAAUCCGAUCUUCCCUACGCCGUCGAUAUAACGGCGGAUGGAGAUAUAAAAACCCUAGGCCGCCAUGAUUUCGGAGCUUCAACGCCAUUCUCGAGGAUGACGGCGCACCCGAAGAUCGAUAGAGUCACCGGCGAAGUCUUUGCAUUCGAGUACGUCGGCACGCCUCCAUCAUUGAAGCUUUUCCGGAUCGAUUCCAGUGGAAGAAGGCGGAAACACGUGGCGAUAUCGAUGGAGAAAUUCACGGCGAUUCACGACUUCGCGGUGACGGAGAAGUACGCCGUGAUCCCCGACGUGCAGAUCGUGGUGAAUCCGUGGUCGAUUUUGAGGGGGAGGUCGCCGGUGGAGAUUGACCUGGAGAAGGUGGCGAGGGUGGGGAUUAUUCGGAGAUACGCGGAGGAUGAGAAGGAGAUGGUGUGGAUCGAUGCGCCGGGGUUCAACCCUCUGCACUGUGCGAAUGCGUGGGAAGAAGACGGCGGCGACACCGUGUGCAUGGUGGCGUCGAAUGCGUUGGCGGUGGAUCAGCUGUUGGAUAACGUUGACUGCGCGCAGUUGAAGAUGGAGAAGAUUGUGAUAAAUGUGAAGGCCAAGACGGUGCAGAGGCAGACGCUGUCGCCUGAGAUUCUCGACUUUGGAGUCAUCAAUCCUGCUUAUGCUACAAACAAAAAUAGGUAUGUUUAUGCAGGAAUAGUAGGUGAGCUGCGGUUGACCGGGGUGGUGAAGCUAGACCUAUCGCUACUAAACAACGAGGUCGGCGGCGAUUGCACGGUGGCUAGUCGCCGGUAUGGGCCGGGCAGUCACGGCAGCGAGACGUUCUUCGUGGCGAGGGAGCCGAAUAAUCCGGCGGCGGAGGAAGAUGAUGGCUAUUUAGUGGCAUAUUUACACGACGAUAACACUCAAGAAUCAAAGUUCAUAGUAAUGGAUGCUAAGUCGCCUAAUCUUGACAUAAUUGCGGCCGUGAAGCUGCCGCAGCGCAUCCCCACCGGCUUCCACGGCCUCUUUCUGCCGGAGACUGACCUCACUAAACUUAGACGACAAAAGUAGUGUUAAUAAUGUGUGAGUAAAGUGGAUUGAAAAAUGCAACAGAUUAAAACCCUAGUCUAGGCAAUGUAUGAUGAGAUUAAUGAUUGUUAAUUAUGUAUACUUCUUUGUGCAAUGUUUUAUGGUAAAACAUGCUUCAAUACAUGCUCGAUUGCUAUUAUAUA